AUGUACUUUUCCAAAAGUCGGCUGCGUGGCGUUGUCUCUACUCAGCCGUCCACGGUGUUCUUCACGUUACGACCGGCAGCAGUGCAGCAAUUCUCAGCAUCUGCUCGAUUGAAGGCGUCCAGGGGAGCAAUGUUUCGCAAAGCAGUCAACAACCACACGGCGCCUGCCAAACCUCCACUACAGCCCAAUGCUAGUCGAGCAAAUACAAACAGCUUUUCGGCUUCGCAACCAACCGCGCCGAUUGUCGGGGCUAAGCGAAAACUCGACAUGACAAACUCUGGACAGUCGGACCUGGGGUCACUUCAUAGUGCCGUAUACUUUGAGGCAGACGAUUUCGACUCCGACCCGGAUCUAGAUUUCGAGAUACAGCACCCGCUUCCUCAAAGUCAAAAUAUCAUACCUACUUCGACAAACCCGGGGCCAGGGAGUACUAGCGGUCCGACUAUUUCUACGAAUAUUUCCAAAGUCAACACCGUAUCGGCAUACUUAGUUCAAGAUGAAAUUAAGUAUCCCGACCUCCCAAAACUGGAGGACCGACACCGAGAGCCCGCCGCACCGCCAAGCAGUGCUCCAAUUCCAUGGUCUUCAUCACCACCAUCACAUCAUCUUCCUCCCCCUCCGCCUCCCAAAAAACGAACCAUACCUUGGCAAACCAGCGAAUCCAAGACUGAUAUCAAGAACCCUAUUACACCGGCAGCUCAAAGAACUACCUCCAAGAAAGUUGAUCUGCCGUGGAACAAAACAGCAAGUGCUAUGAAAGAUGAGCAAAAGGAAUUAAGAAAAAUAAGCAAGAAGAAACUAGCUUCUGCGGAUGACCAUCAGAAACGGAAGCCCCGGGAACGGGUUGCGUCUCUCUUUUUAAGCGAUGAACAAAAGGGUGUUCUUGAUGCUGUUGUCGAAAAGGAAAAAAGCAUUUUCUUCACUGGUUCAGCAGGUACCGGCAAGUCGGUUCUCAUGAGAGAAAUUAUUAAGAAACUUCGAGACAAAUAUAGGCGAGACCCUGAUCGAAUUGCAGUAACUGCAUCAACUGGUCUAGCUGCGUGUAACAUCGAAGGUGUCACGCUACACAGCUUUGCUGGUAUUGGACUGGGAAAAGAGCCCGCAGCGGAACUUGUUAAAAAGGUCAGAAAAAACCAAAAGGCUCGGAAUCGCUGGUCACGGACAAAGGUUCUUGUUGUCGACGAGGUGUCCAUGGUGGACGGUGAUCUUUUUGAUAAGCUCGAAGAGAUUGCUCGACGAAUCAGAAACAACGGUAGACCUUUUGGAGGUAUUCAGUUGGUUGUGACUGGAGACUUUUUCCAGCUACCCCCAGUUCCUGAGACAUCGACCCGUGAAGCUAAAUUUGCCUUUGAUGCGGCAACAUGGUGUACUUCGAUCCAACACACGAUCUUGUUAACACACGUUUUUCGACAAAAGGAUCCUACGUUUGCAGAGAUGUUGAAUGAGAUGAGAUUAGGGAAAAUUUCCCCCCAGACUAUCGAAGCUUUCAGGAGCCUUUCGCGUCCAUUGGACUUCCAUGACUCGCUGGAAGCCACCGAGUUAUUUCCUACUCGGGCAGAGGUGGAAAACGCCAACGCAGCACGAAUGCGUACACUUUCCGGCGAUGUCAUGACUUUUAACGCCAUAGAUUCUGGAAGUAUCCUGGAUAAAACGCACCGGGAAAGGCUGUUGUCGAAUUGCAUGGCACCCCCGACCAUACAUCUAAAGAAAGGAGCUCAGGUCAUGUUGAUCAAAAACAUGGAGGACACGCUAGUCAAUGGAUCCGUUGGAAGGGUAGUUGCCUUCAUGGACGAAUCGACUUUCGAUCAUUAUCGAACCAAUGAAGACGAUUUUACUGGGGAUGGUAAAGAAGGCAGUGAUGAUGAUAGCAAAGCUCGGAAGAAGCUUAGAGCCCUCGCACAUGGGAAAGAAGGAGGCGUUACCACGGGUCGAAAAUGGCCUUUGGUGUGCUUUGUUCAGCCAGACGGUACUGAACGACAUCUUCUUUGCCAGCCUGAAUCGUGGAAGAUUGAAUUACCAAAUGGUGAGAUCCAGGCGAUGCGAACACAGGUACCAUUGAUACUGGCAUGGGCGCUUUCUAUCCACAAAGCUCAAGGCCAGACCUUACCGCGCGUCAAGGUGGACCUAGGCAAAGUGUUUGAGAAAGGUCAAGCAUACGUCGCACUCAGUCGCGCGACCUCCCAAGCCGGCCUCCAGGUGUCGAGGUUUGAUCCCAAAAAGGUCAUGGUACAUCCGAAAGUCAUCGGCUUUUACUCUAAUCUGACCAGUAUCAACGCUGUUAUAAAAGACAGGUCUUAUGGAGGCAUCAACGGCGGGAAUAAAAGGCAGAAGCUGAACGAGGAUGCGGCUGAUGACCAGUUCAGUAAAUACAUGUCUGUCUGA